AAUUUCAAGCAUCCGACUUUCCAGUGUCCAGACAUGAGCCCUUCUCCCACUGUACCAACAUCAGUGGAAAAGGUGAAAGCAGCUGACAUUAAAGUCAUUGCCGCUUUGGGAGACUCUUUGACUACUGCUAUUGGUGCAAAUGCGUCUACAUUCCUGGGAGUGCCAAUCGAGUAUCGUCAAGUAUCGUGGAGUAUCGGGGGCCAUGGAACGUACCGUGAUGUUAUCACUCUCGCAAACAUCGUGAAACUAUUUAACCCGAAUGUGAUUUUUCCGGCACCUAUAAUGACCCUGAACGAUCGUCCUUCAAGCCUUAACGAGACCGGAUUUAAUUUAGCCGUCACUGGACACAACACAGUGAACUUCUCCGCACAGGUCAGGAACAUGAUCGACACCUUUAAAACCUAUCCGGGGUUAAAUUUCAAAGAGGACUGGAAGCUGGUGACUAUUUUAAUUGGGAUGAAUGACAUCUGUGAUUAUUGCAAGGACAGAAAAUUGUUUACACCUGACAACUUCAUCAAGUACCUCACAGCCUCCCUGGAUAUGAUGAAGAAUGAGGUUCCUCGACUGAUCGUCAACAUGGUGCAGAUUUUUACUAUGAAGCCUCUGAGGGACGUUCAGAAGCCCUCCUUUGGCUGCCAGCUUCAAAAGAGUUUCUGUUCAUGUUUGGUCCUGCCUGAAGAGAACUCCACUGAGCUGGCAGAGUUGAGUAAGCUAAAUCUGGAAUUCCAGAGGAGACUGGAGGAGCUUCUGGACAGUGAUCGCUACUUUAAAGAGGAUUUUGCUGUGGUUUUGCAGCCGUAUGCAGCCUACGCACAGCCACCCAGACUAGCUGACGGCACAAUCGAUUUUAGUUACUUUGCUCCAGACUGUUUUCAUUUUACCAUAAAGGGUCACGAGGAGUUGGCCAAGGGCCUCUGGAACAACAUGUUUCAACCUCCAGAUAAGAAGGAUUUUAUCGAGACCUUCUCAGAGCCAGUGAUACCCAUGUGUCCAUCAGAGGAGCAUCCUUAUAUAUACACCAGACCUAAAGCUCUGUCCUCUGCAAACCAUCUGCAAGUCAUCUGGACUCUUUUAACCCUUACAGGAUUAAUUACCGUCUACAACAAUAAGGAUUAAGGCUGUAGACUGUAGAUUUAGUCCUGUUUUUCUGACACACAGGCAUGAAUUUAUGCUGUAAGUUAAGCAUUUUACCUCAUUUUGAUGGAAUGAGCUUGUGGUAAACUGUCCAUGACUUCAUCAAACUGACUUUUCAUCAUGAUGACAUAAUGAUCGGAUUACUGCCAUUAAAACUGGCCAACAUUUAUUUUUAUAGUCAUGCACAUUUACAGUACACACACCGGCAAAUGGCAGACCCCCGACUUCUCUAAAAGUAGAGAAACACUCGGUAAAAUGUGACUCAAAUAAAAGUGUCCCUUUAAACUUC